GUGUUGAAGUCAAAGAACGUUCCUCAUGACCCGCCUUAUUCUGCCUCUGAUUGGCUUAUCCUGGUAUUUUUACCCUAACCCUAACCAAUCCUCACUGCUUAUGCCUAAACCUAACUACGUCGAUCCUUGUAGCAUAUCCGAUUUAGAAUCUUCCCAUUAUAUCCAUGCAUUUCCUCAGUAGUGUUAAAAACUAGUAUGGCGGCGUCCAGUGUUUUCAGGCCGGGCUUGUUCAGCCAUAAAGUUGCAAUAGUAACGGGUGGCGGGACCGGAAUUGGUAAAGCUAUCUCUGCGGAGCUGCUGGAGCUGGGUUGCAAUGUGGUGAUCUCCAGUAGAAAGGCGGAGAGGUUGGAGGCGGCAGCUCUGGAGAUGAGACAAAAACUCCCUGCCUCCAGCCCUGCAUCUGUCACUCCUCUACCGUGUAACAUCCGAAACGAGGAUGAGAUGAAGAAUCUUGUGUCGUCAGUCCUGAAAGAGUACGGCAGGAUAGACUUUCUGGUGAACAAUGGAGGAGGUCAGUUCACCAGCCCAGCAGAACAUAUGACCUCUAAAGGCUGGAAGGCUGUGGUAGACACCAACCUGACUGGAACCUUCCACUGCUGCCGGGAGGUCUACACUGCAUGGAUGAAACAGCAUGGAGGUGUAAUCGUCAACAUCAUUGCUGACAUGUGGAAAGGUUUCCCAGGCAUGGCCCACACAGGGGCAGCCAGGGCAGCAGUGGACAACUUAACAAAGAGUCUGGCCAUUGAGUGGGCAUCCUCAGGAGUUAGAGUCAACUCUGUUGCACCUGGCACAAUCUUUUCCAAAACGGCAAUGGAGAACUACAAGGAGUUUGGACCUAAUCUUUUCAAGAUGUCUGUUCCAUUAUGCCCUGCAAAGAGGCUAGGACUACCAGAAGAGAUCUCAUCAGCGGUGUGUUUCCUGCUCUCCCCUGCUGCCUCCUACAUCUCUGGAGCCACCCUGAGGGUUGAUGCAGGGCAGAGUCUGUACCACUCCAUGUGGGAGGUUCCCAACCACAGUGCAUGGCCUGAGGCUCCAGAGGGGGAGAACCUGGAUGCUCUGAAGGACCUGCUCAACCCACAAAGCAAACUCUAAAUCCCCUUUGCGGCAAAGUCUCUGAGCCCGGUGCAUAAACACACAUAUACACACUUGGACAACAAGCAUCAUGGACAUUGAGCUGUACAGGAAACCACAGUGGCCUGGUUAUAUUGAAAGAUGGUGUGAUUGAUUAUUGCAACAAAUGUACAUAAUUGUAUGUUAUUAAUAGCAACAUGAUUGUCUGACUGUUUGAGUUGUGACAAAUUGUUGAAAUGUAUGUAGAAUAUUUUUCCAAUGCCUUUGUAAGGUGGCAGGGUAACACACAGUGCUUUUUUAACCCAAAUGCUACAAAGUCCUUUACAAAUGGAGAAAGAAACAACAAAGGAAAAUGGCAAUGAUAAAAUGAUUAAAUUUGCACUGUUUAAGCGUCUCUGAGUCUUUUUCAAAGUCAGGAAGUGCAAUGUCAAAAGCAAGAUCCCCUUUAGUUUGAGCCUGGACCAACUCUGAUGAGAUGGGAAAGCAGCCUUUUAUCUUUUUUUUUUUUUUCUUUUUUUUUUACAGGGACCUGAUUGUGUUAUUCUUGGAAGUAAAACAUUUGUGAUGUAGAUGAACAUUAAGAAAUAAAAACUAAUCAGUAAUGCAUGGAGAAUGUCUGA